AUGGACGGAAGGGGAAGCGAGUGUUUCACGUGGAAGGCGGCGAGAAGGAGGAGCAGGGAAGUCGGACUGGUGAAAGAGUCCACGAGAUUGACUAGCUCGAUGAAAUCGAGAGAAGAUGAGGAAGAGUGGCCGGAGAGGAGGGGCCUUACCUCGGCGAAAAUGGCAGAGCCGCCGCUGGCUGGUGAAGACGGCGGCGAUACAAGUUGCUUGGAGGAAAGGCGAGACGGCGGAAUUAGGGCAAACUCGGGACAAAAUCAGAGAAUGCUGAAAGAGGAAAAACACACCGUUUCGCGCAGUUUAUAUACUUUUCGCGGGGUUUUCGAAAUGGGCCUUGACUCUGGAUAA